AAUCAAUAUAGAGAGUCAAACAAGAAAUGGAAAAAAAAAAUUGAAAUAAAUUAUAAAUUUAUUUAGUAAUAUGUAUAGUUGUGUGUAUGUGUGUUUGGACAGAGAGGGAGAGAUAUUUGAAGCGAGAUUUUAAUAGAUAUACCACACCACAGCACAGCCUCCUCUGCAAAUCUUCACUUACAUAUCGUGCGCAGUUGCCCUUUUCUCCUUUUACCUUUUAGUUUUUGUAGUUUUCCCACUUUGUCCACUUUUCAAUGACGAGUUCUGAAUUAAUAUACUGGCUCAUGGGUGUGGACACACAGAAAACUUGCAGGCAAAACAAACCAAUCUCCUCCCUGUUUUAAAAUCUAACCUUGCAAGCCACCUCCAAACGAUCCCAAGAUUUUAGCUCACGUGAGCCCAUCUCAGCUACCUUCACAUGCCCACAAAAACAACCAAAAUAACCCUUCUUUUCUCUUACUAACCCAUGUUCUUUUUCUUCAUGAAAGUCUAGCUUUUUUCUUUUUGGCAUCCUUGUUCUCAUGCCUAUAGGUUCUGAAAUGUCUCUGUUCUUCACCCAAUCUUCUGGCAAUCUUGCUAAUAGAUAUUGGUGUUUGAUAAUUCUAUGUUUAGUGGUGUUAGAAAUGCAGAUUGCUUCUUCAGCUUUGAUAAUGAGCUUAAGGAACCACCAUAAGAAGCAGCACAACAGAAGACCAAUGUUGCAAGCUAAUCAGAGCACUUGUGCAUUGUUUGUGGGCACUUGGGUUAAGGAUGACACUUACCCUCUUUACGAAUCUUCUAAUUGUCCCUUUAUAGACCCUCAAUUCAAUUGCCAAAUGUACGGUCGGCCGGACUCCGAUUACCUCAAAUAUAGAUGGCAGCCUCUCAAUUGUGAACUCCCAAGGUUCAACGGGCUUGAAUUUCUGGAAAAAAUGAGAGGGAAAACGGUGAUGUUUGUGGGUGACUCGCUUGGGCGGAAUCAAUAUGAGUCCUUGAUUUGCAUCAUUUUAGCUGGGGUGCCUGCAACAACUUCAACGCAAAUGAGCAGAGGAGAGCCUGUUUCCAUCUUCAAGUUCUUGGACUAUGGCAUUUCCAUUGUGUAUUACAAAGCUCCAUAUCUGGUGGACAUAGAUGUGGUGCAAGGGAAGAGAAUCCUAAAACUGGAGGACAUUUCAGGCAAUGGAAAUGCCUGGCGCAACGCUGACGUUUUAUUGUUUAACACGGGUCAUUGGUGGAUUCACCAAGGAGGUGAACAAGGAUGGGAUUACAUGGAAUCAGGGGGCACCUAUUACAAAGACAUGGAUCGUUUGGUUGCUUUGGAGAAAGGGCUAAGAACAUGGGCCAAUUGGAUUGAUUCCAACAUUGACUCUUCUUCAACUAGGGUUUUUUUCCAGUCUAUCUCCCCUACACAUUACGAUCCCAGUGAAUGGAGCGGCGUGGCAACGGGGGUGGCUUCAACAAAAAAUUGUUACGGUGAGACGACACCGAUGAGUGGAACAGUAAAUCCAAGGGAAUACCCAGAUCAAAUGAGAGUGGUGGAUGAUGUAAUUACGGACAUGCAUAACCCUGCAUAUUUGCUAGACAUUACAAUGCUUUCUCAACUGAGGAAAGAUUGCCAUCCAUCCAUAUAUAGUGGUGACUUGAGCCCUGAGCAGAGGGCUAACCCUUACCGAUCAGCUGACUGUAGCCAUUGGUGCCUUCCUGGGCUUCCUGAUACUUGGAACCAAUUAUUCUACACUGCUUUGUUGUUUUAAUUCUAAUUAAUGUAUUCUCUUAAUUAACCAUUUCUUAUACUACUAAUCUUAAGCAACAUUGCUGUUUGCAACCCUACGAAUUUUAUAGCUUCAUCCAUAUACCAUUCGGUUAUAUAUCAAUUGCGGUAUUUGUUUUUA